GUAUUUUCUUCUGCGAAUCCGAAGGCCUCCGGCAGUAUCUCGCAAGCCGUCGUUAGCGCGAACAGAAUGGCGGCGCUUAUAACCUUCUUGCUCGUGAUCCUUUCUACCUCCGCCCUGGGCCAAGUACCUGAGGGAUGCAUCGACCCUCCCGGCAACAAUGGUGUGGCGGAUAUUAUCGUACAGGCCCUGGAGGCUGCCCGCUCCCUCCUCGAGUCCGGGAUCCCUGAGUUGGGCAUCCCCCCCCUGGACCCCUUCGGCCCCCUGCCCAAGAUACCCUUCAGCGUGGACACCAGUGGACUCUGGCUCGAAGGUAUAGUGAACGACACGUACGUCCGUAACUUGGCCCAGUUCGUGACGUGCUCGGUCAACCUGACGUUCGGCCUCGCGCAGAAAUUCGACAUCGAGUUCCGUCUGCAGAAUUUCCACAUGGAUGGCUACUACGACGUCGACGGCCUCGCUCUCUCGCUCUUCCCUAUCUUUGGCAAUGGAGGCUUCAGAAUCGACACCUACGAGUCGGGCUUCACCGGAGGAGCCAAGAUCAGCUACAACCCGAUUUCCGACCACGCCUCCCUCAAGGACCUCAGCCUGGACAUUUUCUUUUCCACGAUGGAGCUGGAAAUGGAGUGCAUUCUCGGCUGCGGAGACAUGUCUGACAUCAUCAACGGUGCCGCCAGUGAAAUAGCCCCGUUCAUGUUCAACGCCAUUUGGGAUUACAUCAGCCCCAUCCUCUCGACGGCUCUCCAGGACGGCAUCAACGACAUCCUCAAAAACAUCUCCAUCUCUGACAUCAUCACGCCCGAGGAGAGACGGAUGCUCGAACUCGGCAACGCCAAUGGGUAUCUGGACUUGGUGAUGGCCAACCUUGGUCCCCUGAUGGAGGCGGAGGGACUGGACCCUGCCCCCCUCCCCGAUGCCAACCUGAACUUCGGGACGUUCGUGGCUGACCUGUACGACGGCCAGCUGACAGGGCUGUCCACCAUCCACCGCGACGGCACCUGUACCCUUGACAGAGUGGCGGACUGGCUGUUCCUCUAUGCCAACGUGGCGGUGGAGAACCUCGGGGUGCACCAAAGGGGACGCGUGACUUCAGGCGACACAACAGUGGACGUGGAGGUGGACGCGACCAUAAGCAGCGUGGCCCUGUACUUCGUUGCCCGCGGGGAUGUGUACAGCCUCGAGGCGGAUAUCGACCAGUUCAUCAUCUCCGAGUUCGGGAAAAUCGACGUCCGAAUCGAUGGCCUCGGCUCACUCGACUACGUCAUGUCUCCCCUCGCCGAAGCCGUCGCCAACCUAGUCCGCGACGACGUAUCCAGACUUCUGGAGACGAAGGUCAAGCAGGCCAUCCAAGACGCCCUCAACGAAACGCCUUGGCCGGUGUUCGAAUGAGUAAUUAAAGGAGAUUCAUUAAGCGAA